AUGCUCUCUAAAGCUCUUCAGAAAGCCAACACAGCGGUACUUCUUGACAAUGCACAGAAUUUCGAGGGUGCCAUACAGGCUUAUUCUGAAGCAUGCGCCUUAUUGCAACAAGUGAUGCUACGUAGCUCUGGCGACGAGGAUAGGCGAAAAUUGGAAGCAAUUCGAAAUACCUAUACAAGUCGAAUAAGUGAGCUCGGAAAGAUUGCCCCCCAUUUACGUGAUGAUCACAAAGCAUUGCCCGCGAGGCCUGAGGGCGAGGACUAUAGAGAUGGGGCCGAGUCACCCGACGAUGAUGAACAGGAGGCUGCUAUCAUUGAAACUGCAACGGUCACGAGAAUAGUGAACGACCAGUCUUACAUCCCUGAACACCAACAAAGCCGUUCAAUACCCUCGUCGCACAUGCCUCGGCGGAGAGAGUCUCUCUUGCCAUCAGCCCUGGAUUCGAUGCAAUACAGAUCACGAGUCACGCAGGAGCCAUUCACGGAACGUCCCUAUACCAAAAUCCCUAUGCGGGAGCGUGUGACGGAGACGAGCCUUAACCUUGCGCCACCAAUGGAAAGCCAAUACAUGCCGCCGCCCCUUUCCCCAAUGCGGCUGCAAUCGCCCAUGACCCGCGGAACACUUAGCAAUGUUAAUAAUAGACAACCUGGGUCAUUUCCUCCAAGAGGGCAUACCCGGGCGCCUAGUAACGAAUCGAUGUCCUGGCUUGACACUAUCGAUGAAUCGGGUGGCUCAUCUGCAUCUUCAGUGCAUUCAAGAACAUCAUCUCUGGGCGUUCGAAGGAAACACAUUCGCGCAGCAAGUGGGGCUACGGAGGCUGAAUUCGAUGCAGCACUGGAUGCCGCUGUUGAGGCCGCGUACAACGAAGGCUUUGAACCAGAGGACACUCCCGAACCAAGCCACUAUGACUAUGAUAACGAUGAUGAGAUUGUUGCGAACGUGAGGCGGAGGGUAGAGUUGGCGAAAGAGAGGGUCCGUCAGACGGAAAGGGAGGCAGCUAUAUAUGACGCACGUGAGAGAGAGAGGAAACGACUGCUUCAGCAGGAACUAGAACGACAGGAUACGGUUGACGAUGAAUUCAAUGGGAACGAGUCCGAGGAAGAAGAACGAAUGCUUGAGGAGAUGACGAGAGGAUACGUGAUGGAUGACUUUGAAUUUGGCUUAUCGUCGAAGUCCGCCUUGCCGCGAGAGUCUGACUCCAGUGGCUUUUCUGGUCGGACCUGGCAUAGCUCAAUAGGAUCCAACCCUACGACGGCAGGGACAACGCUCUCCACUGUGACCGAAGCGGCCACCAUGGCACAGCUCCUCGCAAAUCAGUCAAACACGCCACCCCCUAGCCAAGGCCUUCCACCGCCGCCCAGUCGAGGACUCCAGACACCCUUACCAGCAUCGGCUUCUCAAGGCGUUCGGAGCCGUAGGCUUUCUGGACAGAAUGCGAAACUGCUGAAGAUUGAGACGGCGACAACCAAUCUGGACAUGGGACAGGUAGCACCACCCACACAGCCUCCCCCCAUGCCACCCCCACAAGUCCCAAUUGAUGACAACUCCGUUCAACCUAAAACUGCCGGCUUACCGCAACAUCGACCAACUUUAUCCGGAACAGCAGGUCGGCCGCUCAUACCACAGUCUGCUCGACAUCCUUCGUCUCUAUUCCCGGGCCCCAGCCCAUCUGAGAUCCUGUCCCCGCCAACACCAACUCUAACACAGACUUUCACUAAUGACAGCGAAACCAACGGACAGACAUCUCGAGCUGGUUCUCCAGGCCGCGCUCAAUCAAGAACUGGAUUGCGCAAGAACUUCUCAUCAUCCAGUUUGAAGAACAUGAAGAGCCGUAAACUUUCGUUGUCUAAUGUUGACGAUGGCUCUGACGUCUCACCAAACACACCCAUAAGUUCGUCAUUCAAUAGUAGGGAUCUCAGUGCUAGACUCCCUGCCAUGCCCACGCUUCCAACCCCAAUUGCGCUAGCCUUCACGGAGAAGAUGGAUGGCGGGCCCACUGGAGGCCUAUACCUAUUCAACAAUGACAUAAGCUCUCCAGAUAGUCCAGGAUCGCUGGACCCGCUCAACUCGGGUGCACCUAUACCUCUCGAACCUUGUCCUACCGAGUACUUACUACGUCCAUUCUGGCUCAUGCGGGCCCUUUAUCAGACUAUCGCACAUCCAAGGGGUGGAUACCUCUCGACUAAACUUUUCGUCCCACGUGACGUAUGGAAAGUUAAAGGGGUGAAGAUAAAAAAUGUCGAAGACAAGAUUUCGAAUUGCGAUUUUCUCACAGCGGCUCUUCUCAAACUUGCCCAAGUUGAUACCUUCGAUGCUGAUGCAGUUCUAGAAGAGAUGCAAUCCCUGGAAGGUGUCCUCGAACAUGUUCAAACAAUGUUAACAAAGAAAUUGGGUAACGAAGUCGGAGUUCAGAGCUCAGGAGGCAUGUUUAAAGAUGCGCCAACAGUGGGUGAGGUAGAAACGGGCAGUAUAAGCAAAACUGGUAGUAUGUCGAGCAAAUCUUCGUCAUUCUCGUGGCGAAGAUUAAGGUCCAAGAACUCGGGCAUAGGAUUAGCUAAUAGCUAUUCCAACAAACCUACAGCAGCGGAUGGACCAAAGGAGGGCCUGACGAUGGGUACAUUGCCCAUGACCACGACGGCACUAUCCAAAGUUCGUUUCGCAAAGAGAGAUGUCAGCCAGCUGGAAUUUUCGGGGCCAAAUUCUAAUUACAUGGGAGCGCUGGCACGACUAUUUGAUGCCGCUCAAACCCUUGAUCAAAUCGCGCGACAAGUUGAAGACCCUGGCCUUCGACACGCAGAUAAAACCCAAGUGGGUCUUGAGCUUUGCACCCGCCACGCUGCCGAAUUCUUCGGCUUUUACAUAUGUCGGUUUGUCCUCACGGAUAUUGGGAUGCUUUUGGACAAGUUCAUUAAGAGAGGGAGCGAGUGGGUUCUUGUUUGA